AUGCCUGGGAAACGACUUAUACAUACAACUGUUGCCCCUAAUUCGAAAAGGGAGUGGAAAGCACUUACCCCCCACAUGAAAUUAGAAGUGUUGAGACCAUUCAAGAAGAAUGAAAUUGCUCAAAUUCCAAAGGCCUUAGGUCCUGUAGCCUGAGUGGCCAUGAUCCAAUAUAAUAAUGAAAGAACAACGUCGCAAGUAGCCUCUCCCUCAAGAGCUUCUCGGUUGAGUCACCACCGAAGUACCAUAAUAGAAAACAUGGAGCGCUUCUUGACCAUAUAGCUUAAAGACCAGAGCCAGUGA